ACCGACCCGACUGACGGCAGUACUGCAGGUCCAAAGACCCAUAUGUUUGGUUCUUGGGUGAUCUUGGCCCAGUUCACCUGUUGGUUCUGGAGGCUGCAGGAGGUGGGCUCCUUUUCACGGGUCGCCCACCUUGUGAUCUUUGAAGAAGAAGCCCGGUUCCUUCAGCAGAACCUCGGUGCGGUUGGUCCUGUUGCAGCUGGUUCCGGAGCAGUCUGGUUCCAGAGGAGCCCGGUUCUGGAUCCUGUCUUCAGUGGAAGACAGCGGUGCGGAUCGGUUCUGGGAUGUGGAGAACCUCUGGUUUCAUAGUCAAGGUCCAGAUCUCAGAAUACAGGUUCUGAUGGUUUGGGUCGUACUGACCCUCACCAGAACCCUUACAGCAUUUGUUCUGUAAUACGCAGACAGGAGCGGUUCUAACCUCAGAACCUUCACCUUUCAGAGGAUGAGAUAAAGUUCUGACAGGGAAACUGGUUCUGGUUCUGGUCAGCGGCGGGUCCAAAGAUCGUAGAGACUUUUUUAAUCUUCGUUGGUUUGGAGGCGGCGCCGCUUUCCAGAACCCGCUCCGGUUCUGGUGUCGUCAGAGACGGAUGGUUCUGCUGCGGCUUUGAUCCAAAACGACAGCAGCAGCUGGACGGGUUUAAAAUGUUCUGUCCGGUUCUGGUGCCGGUAGAAUCUUGUUCUGCUGUUCCCCUCCUGACCCAAAGAGGUUUCUCAGGUUCCGGUUCUCCAGCAGCCUCUCAGAUGCGACCCGUCUCUGCAGGUUCUGCUCAGUGGGCCUGGUUCUGACCGAUGACCUGCCAGUCCUCUGACGCCAUUGAGGACGACAGAGGAGCCGGCGCCGGUACCGAGGAGUCGGACCAGAGCCGCGUGGCCUCGGCCAUGAAGGAGCUCAGGAAGACAGGCUGGUACUGGGGCAGCCUGACGGCCAACGAGGCCAGAGAGAUCCUCCAGGACUCGUCGGAGGGCACCUUCCUGCUGCGGGACAGCUCCCAGAGGGACUUCCUGUUCACCAUCUCCGCCAUGACCUCCGCGGGUCCCACCAACCUGCGCAUCGAGUUCCGGCACGGCAAGUUCAAGCUGGACUCGGUGGUUCUGGUCAAGCCCAAGCUGAAGCAGUUCGACAGCGUGGUCCACCUGGUGGAGCACUACGUCCAGCUGUCCAGGACCAGCAGGGCGGCGCCGGCGGGGGGGGCGGGGCCUAACGGCACCGUGCAGCUGCUCCUCACCAGACCCGUGUACCGCAGCACGCCGUCGCUGCAGCACCUGUGCCGCGUCGCCAUCAACGGGUCGGCCCGGCGGGUCCAGGACCUGCCCCUCCCCCCCCGGCUGAAGGACUACCUGACGGACUACGCCUACAACGUGUAGAGCAAGCCCCGCCCACUCCACCAGCACCUGGAGCUUUAGCUGAACCCAGACUGACUCUGAGUGGCUGGAGCUCUGUCAGGUGAAAGGCUCCAGGUGAGGCCUUCUCAGGUGCGUCCUGUCGGCGCCGUCACAUCGGGUUUCAGAUAUUUAUUUAUUUGCUUUAAGAUGUUGCUGUGCUCUGAGAACCGCUGCAGGUUCUAGAGGCCGAACCGGCUCCUGAUCCGAGAACAGUGUGGCGGUACCAGGCUCGGUUCUGCUCAGAAAACGGAUCAGUGGGCUCCCUGGCAUGUCCUCUGCCUGAGUUCUGGUCGGCUCCAACCUGAGCCUGACAGAACCACAGCUCAUCAACCGGACUCACCAGAACCAAAGGGCGGGUUGCUGCUGCAAGCUGAUUGGCUGCAUCCCAUAAUUCCUCCAUUACACUGAAGGCUCUGAGACUUUAAACCUGAACCUGACUCAAUCUGUUUUUUCUGACCUCAAGCCAAUUCUGAUUUUAAAUAGAAACAUUGAAAUUAGUGAUGAAUAUAUUAUAAUAUUUAAGGACUAUAAAGGAGGUGAUGCUAUGAUUUAUCAUUUUUGUUCACCGUGUUCUGAUGAAACGACCAAUCAGCUGUUUCCGUCUGUUUUUCUUCUUCAUCACUUUGUUCAGGUCUGAAAUUGUUCUUGUUGAUAAAUUCUAAUUUUUGUACAUUUAGAUCAUUUUUAUUUUGUUUAUCUGAUUAAAACUCAGGUGAUUUGUCCAACA